AUGCCGCUGCUGCCCGGCGCAGUCCUCCUCCGUAGGAGCCUGGCGAGAGAGGGAAAGCGGGGAUACCUGACCAGCGGCGCUCAGAAGUAUGCAGAGGGCCGGGGAGUUCAGGCCAGGCUGGGGGCCGGGGGCGCUCUCCUCUGGGGAAACGAAAGCCCACCAUGCCGCCUGGAGCCUCUGAAGGCCCACCUGUCUCUUCCGGCCCAGCUUUAUCUCAACCGCACUUUCUGUGAGGUGCGUCAAUAUGUGCCCGUUUACACAGAAAUAGGAAUUGCUGGUUGUCACCUGACCAAGGCAGAAAAUCUAUUUAAGGAACUUCAAGAACAUUUUCAAGCUCUGGCUGCAACAUUAAACCUCAGAAUGGAAGAGAUGGGAGGUCGGAUUGAGGACCUACAGAAGAACGUAAAUGACUUGAUGGUGCAAGCUGGGAUCGAAAGUUCUGUCGCAGAGCAAACGACCUGAAGACAGUGGACCAGUCACUUGAAAAUGUGAGAAAACGAAAACUGUUACUUUUUGAGUAAUAAUCUACAUAAUACGAUUCUGAUUUUUAGUAUUUAAUUUAAAAAUUCAUUUUAGUAAAAUGAAAGAUUAAAACAACAAAGGCAAUGCAAUAAGGAUGUGAUUCAGAUCAUUAACCACUUAGCAAAGAUGGUUGUAAGAUGGAAAAAUAUUUUUCAAUGCAUACCUAAUACUUGUAAAUCAUGGAAGAAAAGCAUACACUAUAUUAGGUCAAUUUUUUUCUGAAUUAAGUUCUUUAUAGCUCUUUCUUUAAAAUAUCAUAAGCAGUUUUCUGAUAGAAGUUGCUUUUUUAAUAACUGCAUUCCAAUUCAACAACUCCAGUCAGUUUUGGGGAAGAGUCGUUUUAAUCUGCCCAGAACAAGCAUAUUCUGACAGUACGUUCUCCAAACCAAACAAAACCAAAUCAAAGGAAAACCAAAGAAACAGGUGAUGCAGGAGCUCCGUGACGUGCAGGCAGUCACCAAGGAGGCACACAAAGAUCACAUGUUAGUUUAUUUUGUUGGAGAUGCUUUCAAACUAUUGUCCAGUUCAGCUCCCUCUCAGCCAAAGUCAAACAGAGCUACGACCACCUAAAGAGUGGGUCAGUUCUAGGUCUCAUUGUAAAAAAUAACAUUAUUCCUGCAUGUAACAUACAUCAGACGCUUUAUACAAAAGUCAAAAUAACUCACGAUUCUACAGUUUAGAAUUAACCACCGUCAACACUUUCUUCUGUGCAGGCGAUUUUAUAUAGUUGGUCAUAUUGUUUAUAAUUUAUGUUCUCAUGUCAUGAACACUUCUCCCGAUGUGAAAGUUUCAUACUUUUUUAUGGUUACUAAUGUUCUAUCAUGUGGCUGAAGUAACUUAACCAUCCCUUUAACCAUUCCUUGGAUUUUGAGGUUAUUUCCCAGUUUUGUGCUAUUGUACAUAAUGCCAAUAACCUGCUGCUGGGAGGAGAUUUAGGAGAGAAACCCAAGGCUGUGAUAAGGAAACGACUUAGCUACAUGCACUGAAGGGUCAUGGUUUCUACAGACUCUCCAGAAUUUAAGUACAGGAUUUAAGUACACUAGGUACAAUCUUAGGAGGAAUAAGAAACAGCUCUUACUGUUUAUAUUUAAAAGAAAGGCCCCAGAAAUCAUUAUUUGACUUUUUGUUGUUGUUCUUGUUAACUAGAAGGACAAAAGAUUUUUUCCUUAGGUGUGUGAUCCUUCUGAAGCCUUUCUGUUGUGGGUUGGGAGCCCUAACCCCAAGACCUCAGCACGUGCCCUUAUUUGGUGAUGGGGCUGGUGCAGAUGUAACACUGAGAUGAGGUCAUGCUGGAGUGGGUGGCCCUCAUCCAGUGUGGACAUCUGGACAGACGCACAUGGGGAGAACACCAUGGGAACACCAAGGCCUCGACUGGGGGAAGCAUCAAACCCAAGGGACACAAAGGGCCAGGGGAGGAGAGGAAGUCUCAUAGGAGCCUGAGGACCAGCCCUGCCUACACCCGGACCUGACCCCAGCCUCCAGCACUGAGACAACACAUCUCUGCCAAGGCACCACCUGUGGCCCUUGAUUACGGCGGCCCCAGGAAACUCAGACAGACUCCCACCCACAAGUGUGCAAAGCACAGGGGCCGCAAAAGAUGCUCACCUGACCUUCACUCCAACGGCUGAGUCAGUUCUUGACUGCCAGGCUCACUGGCCCAAAUAUCACGUUUCCUAAGAAAUAAAUGAUUAUGACUGUCCCAUCACCAUCUGUUUUAUUUAUUUCAGCUAGAUAUUUACAGAGAGUUGCUGAUACAAAAAUACAACGACCAGGUGGACUGAAAGUCAAAGCAAUGCCACCCUCACUGCAAACCCUCCAGCGACGUGAGCUCCGCGUGCUUUUCCAAACGCUUCCUCAAAGGCUUAAAGAGCGUAAACACUUCCACGUGAGCACAAGCACAUGGCGUCUGUGUGCGGGGCCAGGGCAGCUCAGUAUCUGUACUUCGUCGAGUAGUCCUUGGGGGACACAACCAGGCCGCGGCCCUUGCGGGCGCCCCGGUAUACCGUCUCGAUGAUGUCGAUCAUCUCCUGCUUGUCCUCCAUGGCCCAGUUGAUCUUGUUGUUGUUGCCGGUGCCCAGGUCGAUCAUGAUGUGCUUGUUCCUGCAGA